AUGCCUGGUUUUCGUCGACGUAAAGAAAAAUCUCAGACUUCGGCUCUGGAUGCUUCAUGGAUUUUGCCAUCGGAUGGAGAAAAGCAGAGCGAUACAGUUCCAGCGACAUCAAACGAUGCAUUGAAGGACACUUCUGCCGCAUCCAUUGACAAAAACAUCAGGAGUGAACAAUCUAUCCCGAUUAUCACCUCAUCAGAUCCCAGCAACUUCCAAGAUCAUCAGGAAAUUACCGCUGAUGUAGGCAACGAGGCUUCCCGGGGGCAAGCGAAAGUCCCUCAUAUAUCGCAUCCACAUAUUGCGACACAGUACAAUCCACCAAAAAGCAGGAUCAAGCCGCGCUACGCGAAGCAACAUUCCUCAAUGUGGCUGGACGAAAGUCCGGAAUCGAGUCUAUCAGCAGGUAACCGACACAAUGACAUAAGUCAAGACCCCAUGAAAGAGGAAGAGCCGCAGGCAGACACAAGCCAGUCCGUCACAGCAUUUCACCACGGUUAUCCCUUUUCAAUCUUUCGCAUAGACAAAACGCCAACUGCGAGCCCGGGCAAUGCUGCGCCUCCAGUACCUCCCUGGCGCUAUUUGUCGUCGAGCUACUCCCCCAGAAAUGGCUCCGUGUGA